AGACAGCAGGGAGGACAGCCCGCGCCGCUGCCGCUGGGAUUUGCUGUCUCGCCGCGGCACGAGGCAGGGACACGGCGGAAGCGCCGGAGCGAAGUGCCGGGCCGCGCCGCCCCCUCGGGGGGACACCCGGCGGCUCGUCUGCGCUGCCCCGCCCGGGCUGGCCGCGCUCCCCGUCCGCAGUGGGGUCCCGCUGCCGGCCGAUCCUCCCCCGCGCCUCCGCCGGGACUUACGGCAGUUUUGUUACUUUCUCGGACUUACAUGGACAUUUCCCGGGAGCGCGCGUAGUCCGCGGGUGCCGCGUCCCGCCAGCCGCCUGCCGCCCGCCCCGCCGCGGGCACCGCCGCUGCCUCUGCCGCUUGAACCCCAGGACCCGGAGGCGCCCGGCGGCGCGGCCCCUGUCUGCCCCCACCAGCCCGCCUUCCUCGCCUACUUUCUCCGCCGCUCGGAGCGAGAGCAACAGCUUGUCCGGCCCAGCCGAGCCAAACGACGCAGGAGGCAGCGAAGGAGCGGGCGGCGAGAGGCACCACCGAGCCGCGGCCUCUCCGCCGGAGCCGCGCGGAGCUGCCCUCCCUCCCUCCGCCCCGUCCCGGGCCGCAGAACCACGCCGGGCGGCGCUGCGGGGGCCGGCGGCGGGGCGCCGCCGCCCGGGAGGAGAGCGCGCCCGGGGGGGCGCCCGCUCCCUCGUCGGGGCCCCCGCGAAGCUGCCGCAGGCCGGCCCGCCGCGCCGGACGCCCAAAGUGGCCCGCGCCCCCGCGCCCCGCGGGCACCGCCCGGAGACCCUCGGCCCCCGCUGCCUCUUGCGGGCUGCCGCCGCAGGGUGCUUGGCCACCGCCGCCCGCGCCCUGCUCCGCCGCGGCCCCGGCGCCCGCCCCGGCGCCCGGGGUGAUGCUAUGCCCCGCAACCACGGCGGCGGGGAGGAGGGCAGCUCCGCGGGGCUCUGGGUGAAGAGCGGCGCGGCGGCGGGUAUGAAGGAUGUGGAGUCGGGCCGGGGCAGGGCGCUGACGAGCUCGGCGGCCCGCGGCGACGGCCUGCUGCUCCUGGGCACCGGCGGCACGGCCGCCCCCGCCGGGCUGCGGGAGGGCCGCCGCGGGAAGCACGGUGCCCGCAUGAGCCUGCUGGGGAAGCCGCUGUCGUACAGCAGCGGGCCGAGCUGCCGCAGGAACGCCAAGUACCGCCGGCUGCAGAACUACCUGUACAACGUGCUGGAGCGGCCCCGAGGAUGGGCCUUCGUCUAUCACGCCUUCGUUUUUCUCCUUGUGUUUGGUUGCUUGAUUUUGUCCGUGUUUUCUACUAUUCCUGAACACACAAAACUUGCCUCUGGUUGUCUCUUCAUUUUGGAAUUUGUCAUGAUUGUUGUCUUUGGUUUGGAAUUUAUUAUUCGUAUCUGGUCUGCUGGAUGCUGUUGUCGAUACCGAGGAUGGCAAGGAAGACUGCGCUUUGCAAGGAAACCAUUCUGUGUAAUAGACAUCAUUGUUCUCAUCGCUUCAAUAGCAGUUGUUUCUGCAAAAACUCAGGGUAACAUUUUUGCAACAUCAGCACUGAGAAGUCUUCGUUUCCUACAGAUCCUUCGUAUGGUGCGUAUGGACCGAAGAGGAGGCACUUGGAAAUUAUUAGGUUCAGUAGUUUAUGCACAUAGCAAGGAAUUAAUCACAGCCUGGUACAUAGGAUUUUUAGUACUCAUCUUUUCAUCUUUCCUGGUUUAUCUGGUGGAAAAAGAUGCAAAUACCCAAUUCUCCACAUAUGCAGAUGCUCUCUGGUGGGGCACAAUCACAUUGACAACCAUUGGUUACGGAGACAAAACUCCUCUUACUUGGCUUGGAAGGCUGCUUUCUGCAGGAUUUGCUCUACUUGGCAUUUCUUUCUUUGCACUACCUGCUGGCAUCCUUGGCUCGGGAUUCGCAUUGAAAGUGCAGGAACAGCAUCGUCAGAAACACUUUGAGAAAAGAAGGAAUCCAGCUGCAAGUCUAAUUCAGUGUGUAUGGCGUAGUUAUGCUGCUGAUGAGAAAUCGGUUUCCAUUGCUACCUGGAAGCCUCAUUUGAAGGCCUUGCAUACCUGCAGCCCUACAAAAAAAGAACAAGGGGAAUCUUCUAGCAGUCAAAAGCUAAGUUUUAAGGAGCGGGUCCGGAUGGCCAGCCCACGAGGUCAAAGUAUAAAAAACAGGCAAUCUUCAGUCGGAGAUCGCCGCUCACCAAGUGCUGACAUUGCCACCGAGGGCAGCCCAACCAAAGUCCAGAAGAGCUGGAGCUUCAAUGACCGAACCCGCUUCAGGCCCUCGCUGCGGCUGAAGAGCUCACAGCCCAAACCCGUGGUUGAUGCUGACACAAGUCUUGGAACAGAUGAUGUUUAUGAUGACAAAGGGUGCCAGUGUGACGUGUCAGUAGAAGAUCUCACCCCUGCUCUUAAAACUGUCAUCAGAGCAAUCAGAAUUAUGAAAUUUCAUGUCGCAAAGAGAAAGUUUAAGGAAACACUUCGCCCGUAUGAUGUCAAAGAUGUCAUUGAACAGUAUUCAGCAGGUCAUCUAGACAUGUUAUGCAGGAUUAAGAGUCUUCAGUCACGCGUUGACCAAAUUCUUGGGAAAGGACAAAUCACAGCAGAUAAAAGAACCAGAGAAAAGAAUCCUGCAGAGAAUGAGACAACUGAUGACCUCAGUAUGUUAGGGCGGGUAGUCAAAGUGGAGAAACAGGUACAAUCCAUUGAGUCAAAAUUGGACUGUCUAUUAGAUAUUUAUCAACAAGUUUUGCGAAAAGGAUCUGCAUCUGCGCUCACUUUGGCUUCAUUUCAAAUGCCAGCUUUUGAAUGUGAGCAGACUUCUGAUUAUCAGAGUCCAUCAGACAGCAAAGAUUUAUCUAAUUCUGCACAAAUUAGUGGAUGUGUAUCCAGAUCAGCUAGUGCCAAUCUGCCUCGUGGCCUACAGCUUAUACUGACACCAAAUGAAUUUAGCACUCAGGCUUACUAUGCUUUCAGUCCAGCUAUGCAUAGUCAAGCAACACAAGUGCCAAAUGAUGGACCUGCAACAGUUAAUAAUACAUCAAACCAAAUAAACCAGGCAACCAAGCCAGCAACUCCGACAACAUUACAAAUACCACCUUUCUCAUCAAUGAAGCAUAUCAAUAAGCCUGAGCCUGUUCAUAUUAUUCCUGUAACCACACAGGAAAAUAUUUCCAAUGUCACCGCUUGCCUUGUUGCAUCAAAGGAUAAUGGACGAGUUGCACAGCCCAGUGCAACAAAGGAUCUCACGUGGAGAAAAAGUCUGGAUACAGAGGGGGAACCUUUGCUCUCAGUUAAACCUGUGGUGCAAAUGGACUUAGGAAAAUCUUUAUCUGUACAAAAUCUUAUACAGUCUACAGAAGAACUGAAUAUACAGAUUGCUGGCAGUGACUCCAGUGGUUCUAGAGGUAGCCAAGACGUAUACUCCAAAUGGAGGGAGUCAAAAUUAUUUAUAACUGAUGAAGAGUUGGAGACAGAGGCAGGAACAGAGACUACUGAAGCCAUCUCACGCCCAUUAGUGGAAACAACUCUCUCUGCUGACUCUCUAAGGACUGGAAUAUCAAGGUCAUCUCAAAGCAUCUGCAAGCCAGGGGAUGGUACAGAAGCACUCAAUCUGCUCCAUGUCAAACUUAAAUAACAGCUUGCUGGCUUUCUUCAUUGGCUGGUUCAUUCCUCUAGUCAUACAUAUCAUAGCAUGAACUGUUUUGAAAGCCUUUUUAAUAAGAUAAAAUCACAAAAAUCGGGAUGAAUCUGCAAAGCAGUUGAAUGAGCCCAUAUUUCCUAGCUGCAUGAAAAUGCAUGUUUAAUUGAUGGCUAGCAUCCAAAUUUACACCUACAGUAUGGUAGCCUUUGAUGAAGUACGGUAGGUUUAAAUAAUGAGUUGCCUACAAAGCUAAU